AUGAAUGAGAAGAACCAGACGUGGGUCAGUGAGAUUGUUCUCUUGGGAUUUCAGAAUCUCCACAACUUCAAGGUUCCCCUGUUCUCUCUGUUCCUUCUGAUUUACAUUCUGACAGUUUGGGAGAACGUCCUCAUCAUAGUGUUGGUGGCCUUCAGCCGGAACCUCCACUCCCCCAUGUACUUCUUUCUCCAGCAGUUGUCCCUCUCCGAUCUGCUGCAGACUGCAACUGUUGUACCGAUCCUGCUCCAGACUGUAAUUAAUAACGGAUUCGCAAUGUCCCUUAUUGGCUGUAUUUCUCAGCUUUACUUUUUUGCCUACUCUGAAACAUUUCAGUCAUUCCUACUAGCAGUAAUGGCCUAUGACAGAUACGUGGCCAUCUGCAUCCCCCUGAGAUACACUUCUAUCAUGUCACACAGGGUUUGUGUACAAGUCAUUCUUACAUCAUGGGGAAUUAGUCUUUGCUCUACAUUGGUAACUGUGAAUCUGAUAGGAAGCCUACAGUUCUGUGAGAAUAAAACCAUAGACCAUUAUUUCUGUGAUGUGGAUCCUCUUCUACAAAUGUCCUGCUCAGAUACCUUCUUUGUUCAAAUAGACAUUAUUUUACUUUCUAUCCCAGUGAUUAUUUGCCCCUUUAUACUCAUCACUGUAUCAUAUAUGUGUAUUGCCCAUGCAAUCCUAAAGAUAGUGUCCCAUACCGGGAGGCAAAAAGCCUUCUCCACCUGCAGCUCCCACUUGGCCGUGGUCUCCAUGUUUUAUGGGACUCUCAUUGCAAUUUAUUUAGCUGCUCCCAGUAAACAAUCACUGGCCAUUAUCAAAUCUCUAUCUUUGAUAUACACUGUAGUGAUUCCAUGGCUCAACCCACUAAUUUACAGCUUGAGAAGUACAGAUAUAAAAGAAGCCUUUAAAAAUUAUUUGAAUAAAUAUCCACUUUGUUUAUAA